AACGGGUGUGGUUAGUUGUGAUGCACACAAGUAAGAGUUUCUUUCUGCCCUCCAAAACGUGACAUAUGAAACUGAUGACAGUAACAUGAGUGGAGAAAUGGCAAGAAAGGAACUACAGGAGGCCUUGUGCUGCUACACCGCAGAUACCCUCAGCCACAUUGACACAGUGAGAGGAUUCAUUAAGGAGCACUCUGCAUGGAUGCUUGGGAGGGAGACAGAGUUACUCGUGAUAAAUGACAUCAAAGACAGAGCUGACAAAACCAACCAUGCUAAAAAGGCAAAGAGCAAAGGUAAUACUAUGUGGAAAUAUAUGAAGGACAGGGCAACCCAGAUGACUGCAGGCAGCAGGCAUGCAGAGCUGGAGAAGAAGCUGGCUGCUGUGCUGAAGGACACUCUGGGAGGCCUGGAGACGCUCGAGUACUUCCUGGAUGCAGUGGAGAAGCUGGCGGUCACCUCACUUCAUGUGUUCAUGGAGGAGAACCAGGUGUUACGUCUGCCCAAAGGGAUCAGCCUUGAACAUGUUCAGGUUGUCAUCACCGCUGCACGGCUGAUCUGCCCAUUCCUCCUCGAGUUUAGAAGAGAUGCAAGUGUCUUCUUCCUUCCCAAACUUCAGAAUGUGGAAGUGCUGUCAUAUCAGCUGGACAAAUACAUUCAGACCACCCAGAAAAUCUGUGAGAAGUUAGAGAAAAGCUCCUUCAGUGACUUCAGCCUGAAGAUGAACAAAGAAACUCUGGUAAACCUCGAUGUGGAUUUCUCCGAAGAUGAUGUACAAAGGAUGCUUCAUCACAUUAAUCAGCUCGAUGAAAUCAGGAUGAACCAGCAUUUCCGGACGGUAUUCUUGUUUCCGGAGGAAUCAUGUUCUGGCUUCAUCAGUGAGUUCAGCGAGCGACAGCCCAGGAUGCUGGAGUUUCUAAAAGACCUGGAGGAGAGUGCUGUUCAGCUAGACAGGAUGAAUAAGGGGGCAAAGAUCUCCAGUGUGGCAGGCAGCUCAGUGGGGGCGAUUGGAGGUGUGCUUUCCAUCAUUGGUUUGGCAUUAAUUCCUGUAACAGCAGGGGUGUCUCUAGCGCUGACAAUGACCGGGGUAGGGAUGGGAAUUACCAGCGGAGUCAACAGUGUUGUCACCACAGCCACAGAGAUCGGAGUAAACUGUAAACAUCAAAAGAAAGCCAGUGAAGUCUUCCAGAGCUUCAUGGAGGAUGUGCAGAGUCUCCAGGAUUAUCUGGAGGAGGUGACCAAUCAAAUAGCCAAACAGGAAACAAGCCGGAUAGGUGUGGCUGUGGGAGUAGGCAAGGUGCUUUGUAAAGCUGGUGUUGUCCUGAAAGGCAUUGAUUCGCUUGUUGAUGCUGCCUCUGCUGUUAAGUUGUUGAAAAGUAAAGAGCUUAUUACAAGUGCUGGCAAGGUGGUGGCCCAGGAAGGAAAAGCAUUAUGUAACGUGCCCAGGGUGGCCUCAGAUAUCCCAGAUAUUGGUCAGGCAGCAGUCAAAGGGUCUCUUGCCCUCUCCAAGUCAGCCAGGGCCGGUCUCAUCGCAGUCAAUGCUCUUUUCGUUGGCAUGGAUAUCUUCUUCAUCUGUAAAGACAGCAUCAGUCUGGCCAAAGGCAGCGAGACUGAAGUCUCACAGUUCAUCAGAGCCAGAUCUGCACUGUGGCGCUCAGAGAUGGACUCAUGGCAGAAGAUCCAUGACUCCCUGUGUGAAGGCCUGCUGACAUCAGAGAAGAACCGAGCUAUCCUGGAGACGCCAUUUUAUCUGGAGAGUGAGCUGAGGAAACAAAGAGAAACAGAAGAAUUUCCAUCUGAUGAAGUGGAUGAAAAACAAAAGAAAAACACACAAUAGUGCUCAGUAAACAGACAGUACUGCAUGUGGCAACACUCACAGUGUGCCUUUUUGUAAAUCCAUUUUUAUAAAAGAAUCCUGCAUACGGCACAAAAUCACUGAUCAUCCUCAAUCAUUCCAGGGUAUCCUUAAUCCUUAAAUAGCUGCGAUUCUUAGGACGUAAACCAUUUAACUCUGUCCAAUUUUUUAAUGAUUAUAUAGCCAUGUCUUUUGUUCCUUGUCAAAGUUUAUAUACUGUAGUUUUUGCAGCUAUGAAGAUUACUUGAGUACUUAUGCAUAUGACAUUUAGUAAUAAAUGCUUUAACUAAUAAUCAUUGUAUGUGAAAAUAAAAUUAUGUUGGUUGUUAACCUUAGAGUUGUAGCUGCUUAAUGUAGUUCACUUACCGUAAACUAACAUUUACUGAUUAGCUGAAGAUAUUUUAGAUUAGAUUAUCAAUUAUGCUUUUAUCAUCACUGAAGUCAAAUUAUACCAUUGUUGGAUUUGAAUUAUUAUUAUUUUUUGCUUUACAGAAUGUGAUAAAUUGGAUCAGUUAUUAAAAAGCUAUGGUUUACCUGUUUUGCUUAUCUUUGAAAUGUCUUAUUGUUGCAAUGCUUAAUUUUACAAGGUAAUCUAUCUCUAACACCAGUUUCAACAUGUACUUAGCUCUCUUCUGUAUUCCUGACUUCAUGAAAGAGCUAUAUUACAGUAAAUAAAUCCAAAUAAAUGUAAACUCUGUGCACAUACAUUAGCAUUUACAGUAAUAAACAGUAACCUCUCAUGUA